ACGGAGAAGUUUCUAUUUUUGUCGGGUGUUGGAAAGAGAGGCCCAGUACCGGUACAGCGCUACCUCGCUAGGCCCGUCUCCAAGGCCGGCUAACUUUUGGGAAAACUUUUAAUCGUCUGUUCCAAGGAUUCCGGUUCUCCGAUUGUCAAGAUCUGGGUGACAAUGGAGACGAUCUGGCUUCAACGUUCGAGCGAGGACGUACCCUGGGGUUUUCGUCUCCAGGGCGGGAGCGAGUUUAACAUGCCCAUGGCAGUACAGAGGGUCACCCCGGGAAGUGUGGCUUCACAUGGACUCUCUCCUGGAGACGUCAUUCUCAAAAUAGGAAAUGUGAAUGCGGGUAAUCUCAGUCACGUGGAAGGCCAGGAGAUAAUUCGCAGAGCAACCAAUAUUUUACAGUUAACUAUUCGAAAGGGAGGUGCUGUUCCUAUCCCGACCUCAUCACCCUUUACGCCCGUCACCAACGAUCCCUUCUCCUAUAACAUCUCUCCAAACUACCAACAACAGAGUUACCAGGCGCCAUCGUUUCAGGUGGGCCCCAGUCGCACCCCUGCGGCCUCGCAGUCUCAGGAUUAUGGUCGGUACGGCGGGCCGUACUCCAACAGCCCCGCCCCACCCUCGUACGACAGCGUCUACAGAGAUAGCCCACAGCAAAGAUACAACCAACAGCCACAACAAAGACAAGCACCUUUCUCACCACCAACGCAAAGAUUUGCUCCACAACCAGUGCAGCAGCAAACAUCUAGCUAUUCCCAGCCACAGUCCCGUGGCUAUCAGCCCACCAGUCAGGCGACCUUCUCCCCUGGGGCCUCUCGGGGGUACCCACCUUCCUCCUCCUCUUAUGACUACUAUGACAGAGACCCUUGGAGCAUGGCAUAUAACGACCCCACCAUCAAGGUGGCUCCAGGGGUGACAGACUUCGGCGCUCCCAGCCGCCGCGCUCCCGAUCAGUUCGGACGUUACGAUGACUACGGUCGCCAGGACUCCCAUUCAAGGCAGAAUGUCUACGGUCGCCAGGAUGCACAAGGUAGACAGGAUACGUACGGGCGCCAGGACCCCCAAAUCAGGCAGGAUGCAUACGGACACCAGGACCCCCAAAUCAGGCAGGAUGCAUACGGACGCCAGGAUUCAUUUGGCAGGUCAGAUAAUUAUGGUAUUUCAGAUAAUUACGGCCUCCAAAACAGCCUUGGAAGACAGCAAAGUUUUGGUAGUCCCCCUGGCCGUUACAACGCCACGACUGAAACUAACUACAGCGGCUACUCCAACACCCUGCCCCGACGGUACGGUCAGCCCCCAGCUCACAGCGACUUCGGCGGACGCUCCCUCUACGACGAGCGAGAGUUCCAGCAAGCUCCUCAGCCAGCACCUCAGCUGUCCACGUCCUCUGUCACCUUCACCCCGUCCUCUUCGGCAUCAUUCAGGCAGACGCCAAAUGUGGCUGCACCCAAUUACGAGGACUCAGUUUACCGGCCGUUCGGCAGUGGCAAUCAGCCUGCAUCUAGACCAUUUACUGACGAUUACCAAACUCAAGUAGCUAGACCAUUUUCACAGGACAAUGUUUCCAAAUUCCAGCCGACGUCCGACGGUAGCAGCCAUUUCUCCCCGAGUCAGAGCCAGUCCCAGCCCAGCCGGCCAGACCCAGUGCAAAGCUCACCAUUAAUAACCGUUCAACCACCCCCACCCGCAGAACCUUUGCCGCAACCACCCCCGGUACCAGAAGCUCAAGAAGAACCUUCUGUCCCAGAAUCCAAGGCGGUUCCAGCGGCCCCAGCACCACCACCCCCACCUCCUCCACCUCCGCCUCCUCCCAUACCCAGCGGACCGGUGCCCGGGGCUUGGCGCCAGAAAAGAGAAGACGAACAGGCGAUUCCUGCUUCACGGAAUGGCGUGGACUCCGGAAGUAAAGAGAGUGGACAGGGCAAGAUCCCAGACGGUCUGCUGUCCGCUAUGAACAAACCAGGACAGAAACCUUUCUCCUACCUGGGCGGUGUGGAUCUGAAACAGCAGCUACAGGGCAUGAAGGAGAGGCGCAGACAAGCCAUGCAAGCAUCGGCUAAGGCCAAGGCCGCCAAAGACCCCGAACUGCAUGCUCCCAUAUCGGCCAGGCCGGCUCCCGCCACGAUUAUCCCGUCCAAGAACACCAUGUCUCCCCCCUUGCCGUCAGGAGCAGUGGGUCAAGUUCAUGCACAAUACAAUUCACCAAUCCCAGUUUACUCCAAUGACAAUAUCAACGAGGCUUUCAUUGCUCAAGCAGGUGGCGCUGCUCAGGGAAUGCAAGAACGGCCAAAGAAAGAUGAAUCUGAAGUUGCCAAGUUCAUCCGUGAGACCGAGUCUGGCGGGAAGCCUGGCCAAUCGGGAUCGGAGGAGGGCGAGUUUCGAGGAGGUUCUGCAGCAAACAAACAAUCUAUGUCGUUUCGUGUCUUACAAUGGAUGACAGACACAGACAAAUCUGAGGCAGAUACAGAUUCACUGCGCAAAAAGAGAGAGAAAGAUCCCGAAUUUCGGCAUAAUUCUGAAGAUGACGAGAUGAGGUUUAGUGGUCUGAACCGGGGCACGGGUAUCCCCUCCAAAUCAUUCAGCCGUUUGCAGAAGCUGACGGUGAAUGACCAAGGCCCACAGCAAGAUAACCAGUUCCUCAGCCCUAAUGGGGCGGAGAAUGAAGAUGGAGAGGUAGGGAAAUAUGACGAGACGUCCAUCCGCUACAAGGGCAAGUACAUCCCCUCCCCAGCCUUCCGGGUGUUACAGAACUGGGCAGAGCUAGACCCACUGGAAGUCAGCAAAGACUCGUCCGAGAAGGUACCGGACCGCGCACGAGACAACGAAGACGUUCAGAACCCGGAUGAGGUGCCCCUGGAGAAACGCUACACGGGAGGGAACAUACCUUCCAGAGUCUUCAAAACUUUACAAAUGGCAGUGGGAGACGACCAAGGAUCAGAUAAAGAAUCGUCAUCUGUCCCUGCCCAGUCUACCAACCAAACGCCGGCUUCCGCAUCCCGAGGAAUAAAAAUUAUUCACAAACCCAGUCAGUCGGCUGGUGCCACAGAUUUCUAAUGUGGAGUGUCGUGGAGGUGUUCCUCCAUCAAUACUGUGUGACGGUUGCAACAAAACAAAGCCGUCUUAGGGUGAAGGGACGUAAGCUGCAUCGUGAUGAUGGGGCAAAUGGUUGUCGCUACAAAUGACAUGCUGGCAUCGUCAAAUUAUAUGGAAUUAUUUUCAGUAAAAUUAGUUUGCACGUUCAGUCUGUACGCCUAUAACAUGUUCACCUGACAGAGAGCAUGUUCACAUGACUUAAAGAUAGAGACCGAGUUUGGAGGACUACAUCAGAGCAAUUGCGCUGUCUUGCCUUAACAAUGUCGGGCUUUCUCAACCAGACACUGUAUAAGGACAAGUGACCAAGGACCGUGUGGUAAACACUGGAAUGUGUUUUGAGGAACUGCUGGUCGGAACAAAUGCUGAUUGUACCAAGAGUUAUAGUUUCUCACGUUAAACAAGUGUGCCUAAUAAUGCUACUGCUAUUUUUCCAUUAGUAUGUACAGAUAAUGUGGUGCCCUUCUGACUUAUGAAUUUUGGUUCUGAUGUAAUGUAAUUAUGGAAUGGAUCACAACCAGCCAUGACAAGUUUGGAUAUUACUCAUAUUCAUAUUGUUGGUUGGAAGUCGCUUUUUAUGUCAAAUGUGUCUUGUUUAUAAGAAGAGUGAUGUAUGUUCUGUUUAGUACACAUGCGUGUUGUCUGGCAAGUUAUCAGUGUUUGUGGAGAGCAGUUCGAAAUCCCCAAACCUUACAGAGCAAUUACCGGAAACUUAAGUUUUGUCAACCGUGAAUGUAUCAGCCAGACACUGAUAGGCUUAAACUCUUUUCCUAAUCUGGAUUUAUCCCAGAGCAUAAUAGCAUCAAAACUCGAAUAAGGGGGAAUUAUCCGCUGAAACGUCAGAAUGACAGACGGUUAUUAUUUUGAUGUGGUAAUGACGGACCAGUGUUAUUAAUAACGUCAGAAUGACUGACAAUUACCAUUGAUGACGUCAGAAUGAUCGUCCAUAGACACUGGGAAUGACAUAAGACAUUGGUUGCAUGUUGUAUGGCUGCUAUCAGUACAGGUAUGUAUUUGAUUUCACAUCCGCUGUUGGCAUUUAGUCAUCCUGAUUUAAUUUAUCCGCCUUAAAGCUGUGUAUUGCGCGUGUGAGA